AUGUGGGAUGAAUAUAGUGGAGAACUGCGCCAGAUGUGGGAUGAAUAUAGUGGAGAACUGCGCCAGAUGUGGGAUGAAUAUAGUGGAGAACUGCGCCAGAUGUGGGAUGAAUAUAGUGGAGAACUGCGCCAGAUGUGGGAUGAAUAUAGUGGAGAACUGCGCCAGAUGUGGAAUGAAUAUAGUGGAGAACUGCACCAGAUGUGGGAUGAAUAUAGGGGAGAACUGCGCCAGAUGUGGAAUGAAUAUAGUGGAGAACUGCGCCAGAUGUGGGAUGAAUAUAGUGGAGAAUUGCGCCAGAUGUGGGAUGAAUAUAGGGGAGAACUGCGCCUGAUGUGGAAUGAAUAUAGUGGAGAACUGCGCCAGAUGUGGGAUGAAUAUAGUGGAGAACUGCGCCAGAUGUGGGAUGAAUAUAGUGGAGAACUGCGCCAGAUGUGGGAUGAAUAUAGUGGAGAACUGCGCCAAAUGUGGAAUGAAUAUAGUGGAGAACUGCGCCAGAUGUGGGAUGAAUAUAGGGGAGAACUGCGCCAGAUGUGGAAUGAAUAUAGGGGAGAACUGCGCCAGAUGUGGAAUGAAUAUAGUGGAGAACUGCGCCAGAUGUGGGAUGAAUAUAGUGGAGAAUUGCGCCAGAUGUAG